AUGGACUACUCUUCAGAAAUCUGUGGAGACGCAGAAGAGUGCCACAGCAACGAAUCCGGGUGGACAAUGUACAUCGGUUCUCCGAUGCACGAUGGCGGCGGAGACGACGACCACGACCACGACCACGACAAUGACGAUCAACAAAGCGACCAAAGUGGAGACGAAGAGGACGACGACAACAACAAUGGUGACUAUGAUGAUGAAUAUGAUGAUCGCGGGAACGAUCACGACAGCGUCGACAGCGAUGACUCGAUGGCGUCCGAUGCUUCGUCGGGGCCGAGCCAUCGCGAGGUUCUUCAUGGGAACACGGGGCAGAACAGCAGCACCAGCUAUGGGCUGGUGUAUGAGAAGGGAGGGUGUGAGGGGGGAGAGAGGGGGAGAGGGAGGGAAAGGAAGAAGGAAGGCGGAGAAGGGUCUGCGGGGGUUCUGGCUAAGACUAAGAGAGCCAUUACGUCUGUUCAAAGUGGUGCUAAGGCAAGAAACAACAGUUGGAUUGGGAGAAGAAAUUAA